AUGAUGACCCCGGCGCUCAAAGCUGUGCACGAGCAGCUAGCAGCACUCUCCCAGCCCCCGAGCAGCAAACCCAAGAAAAAAGACCGCGACAAAAAGGAGAAGAAAAAGGACAAGCAUAAGAAGAGGCUGAGUAUGGAGUUGGUCCCAGUUCCCACCAAGAAGAGCCGCAGCAACAAGGAGCAUUCUGGAGCGCGCAAAGAGAAGAAAAGGCUCCGAAAGAAAGACGGAGUGAAGAGCGGUGGUCCAGUUCUACCUCCUCCAGCCCCAACCGCCUCCCUGCUCCCUUCUGCUGCUCUGGAGUCAGAUGGAUACAAGGAGCCCAGUAAGUUUCCCACUAUGAGCUAUGAAGAGAAGAGACAGCUGAGCCUGGAUAUCAACAAGCUGCCUGGGGACAAGCUGGGCCGUGUGGUGCACAUCAUCCAGAGCAGAGAGGCCUCCCUGAAGAACACCAACCCUGACGAGAUCGAGAUCGACUUUGAGGCCCUCAAGCCCUCUACACUGAGGGAGCUGGAGAAGUAUGUGUGCUCCUGCCUGCGCAAGAGCAAGAAGCACGCAGAGGGAAAGGAGAUGAAGAUGGGCUCCUCAUCUUCAGACGACAGUGAAGCCUCCGCCCCUGAAGACACUGGGCCGGUUCCUAAACACAAGAUGACCUCCAGGAUCAAAGAUGUGAAACGGACACAUGGGCAGCCUGCAGGUACAACGGUGGUAGUCCAGUCCAGACCUGCUCAGGAGCCACAGACCCAUAACCCUGUGUAUGACCCGCUCACCCACUUCAUGAACCCACAGCUAAACCAGGCCAGCAAUCAGCCUGCUGUCCCCCAUGCCAUGGGACUGGUGAGCCAGGUGCCCACUCACACAGGCCCUGUCCACCCACUUGCGCCACUCCCAUCCUGUCCAGCCAUCCACACUGCUCUUCCUCAGCAGCCCUCCAGACCUAGCAGUCGAGCCACUCCUCUGCCUGCUAAAGUCGCGUGUGUUGCCCUGAGCCUGGCCCAGUCUCAGCCUCAGCCCCUUGUGCCCUCGCCUCCCUCACACAUCCUGGCCACUCUAUCCACUCAGCCCCCUCAGGCUCUGCUUGAGGACGAUGAAGAAACUCCUCCCAUUAGCCAAGUGCACAGCUUCCUCCAGACGCUGCAUAAUCGGGGGCCCCAUACACACUCACCACAGCAAGGGCCCCUCAAUCCUGUGCUCAACCAAAGACACACCCAGUCCCUUGGACUGAUGCCCAGCUGUCAACCUGUGCUCAAUGGGCCGGACCACCACAGAGGCGCUUCUAUUGAGCCUUCUGUGGCCCAUGCUCCUAGCAAAGCUGAACUCUACUCUACAGCUGCAGCAGGCUCAUCUCCGCUCACGCACUCACCUCGCUUCCACACAGCAGAGCAGCGGUCACCGGCACACUCAAACAGAAACGAGCCGAGGGCCAGUGGCCCAAGCAUCAAAGAGGAGAGAGCUUCCCAUUCCCCAGUUCUGUCUGCGUCUGCCUACAGCCCCAAGCACAGGGCAGACUUCCCUCAGCUCCCCGCAUCAUUCCCAGACUCGCCAGGACUACAGCAUGAGCGCAUCAAACAGGAGGGCAAACCAGGCCUCUCCUCCAAGAAGACCCCGGACGUGAAGCUGAAGAACAUGGGCUCGUGGGCCAGCUUGGCUCAGAGGUCUCAGUCAUCUCAUCCCUCCUCGGGACGCUCCUCCAGUGACAGCUUUGAGCUGUUCCGUCGGGCCGCCAGAGAGAAGGAAGAGCGGGAGAGGCAGCUCCGAGCACAAGAGCAGGCCCGUAGCCACCACGACAAGCCACGCAAAGAUGAGGACGAGCCGCUUGAGCCGUUCCGUCGUCGGCACGAGCAGCCUUUUCCACAGGCGGUCACAACCCUGGCCCCUGCACAGCCCGUGCCCUUGCCACAGGCCCUACCAACACAGCCCAAGGCUCCACCACCUGCCCACGCCGCUGCACAGAGCCUGGACCAGCAGAGAGAGCUGGCACGCAGAAGGGAGCAGGAGAGGAGGCAUCGCGAGGCUAUCGACACCAUAGACAUCAACUUCCAGAGCGACCUCAUGGCAAUCUUUGAGGAGAACCUGUUCUGA